CCCCAGGAACCACCAGCUAUGUCCAUCCAUGUCCUAUGGUCGAUCUGCUUGGUGUUCGGACUGCUGUGUGGUGCGCGGCCGGUAUACGCAGGAACGACACGUGUUUGUUUCCUCAAUGAUCGCAACCCCGACCCCAGGGGUAUCUGCAACAAUGUCCCUGAACAAGUGUCGAAAAUCUGCAGUGUAUACGGGAGAAGCGUGCGUUCAGUUGAUGGCGAGUCAGGCCAGGAAUUAGUGAAGUACAGAGCGUCCAAGAAGUCUGCGUUCUCCUUCCUGGACAAGCGGACCGGAUCGCAGGGAUUUAUCUGCGAGUGUUGCUGGAAUCAAUGUUCUGGCCGUGAGCUUGUGGAGUACUGCCAUGCCGGUCAACAGUAACUGUGAACACAAGCGUUUACGUGACCUAAAGUGCCCUUUAAGCUGCAGCUUAGUGUCAUACAUAUUCGCCAGACACCCUGUAUAAAUAGUCGACCAUGAACACAUUCGAACGAAGGUUGGUUGGAAAUGUGUCAUAUUUAACAUGUCAUUGUGUUAAAUAUACUGAUAGUAAUUAUUUUUGUCAGUUGCCCAAAUAUACACGAACGUCUUAGAGGAAACGUUUAUCACAAAAAUGGAUGUUUUCAACAAAGGAAAUUUUGUAUAAUAUAAUUUUGCUAUGAACGAAUGUUACAUGUCAGCCAGUCAUACAGUCGUCUAAAGGGUAAAACGAUCCUCCACACACAAAAACAAAAACAAAAUAUAACCACAAAUUAUUGAAUUAAGAUUAUACUUUUUAAAAUAGUUUUAAUACAUUUUGAACAGUUUACAAAAGACCAUAUUUUCAUAGUAACACGUGUGACCCACUCAACUUUGGCGCCGCAUAUCGCUGUACAGAGUUGCCUCCCUUGGACGUGCCCGAAUCUACAUUCGUGACCAACUCGUGCCAUUCCGGGACAAGCAUAAUGUAGCCGUGUUGGCUACGGAAACAUAUACGCGUGGUGGCGAAUGGGAAAUCUGUUGUGGCUAUGAGUAUUUCUAGGUUUGUCACUGCCAUAUUCGGGCUUAGCGCUACGAUUGACGUAAGUCUGUAUUAAAGUAUGGGAGCUACGAUCGACUUAGCGCUAAGCUCGCUUUGUGGUACAGGGCCCUACGUGACUUCGGGCUUCGUUCCUACCUGUGAUGACACGCUGUGGCAUAACUGAAAUACCCUUAGUGCCGGUAGAUCCAACUCCUGUAGUCAUUCUUAAGCUCCGCCCCAGAGCGUGAUACCCCCGUUAACUUCCAGGUAUCAUGGUCUAUAGAGAGCCCGCGAACGGACUAUCCCUGUGAGGAGCUUGAAUGAGCACAUUCUACUCUACUCAAAGCGCAACUGUUCCUAUGUCGGUUUUGAGGUUGUCAAAGACUGGGAAAGCUAUAGGCUUUACUUAGUUUCGUUCAAUAUCCUAUAAAAAGCUAUCCUAUAAUUUUGUGAAAGGAGAAAUUCGAUUCCGGAAAAUGAUUAUUUCACAACCACGACCACUGGAUCUGAAAACUUACGUGUGUGAAUAUUGUGUGCCAAUAAACAUGGAUUGGACCAUUAGUUACCUCCUAGGAUUUGGCUUGUGUUUGAAUAUGAAGAGUGAGUGAGUGAGUUGGGUUUAACGCCGCUUUUAACAAUAUUCAAAUUAUAUCGCGGCGUGUCAGCGUAAUGUGAGAGGAAAGCCCGAAGUGAUGCAGAUCUCAGACGUUUACC